UUGGCACACUGACACAUGUCACACUCCCAAAUUUCUAAUGCAAUUACAAAACAAAACAAUAUCGAGAUAAAAAAAGAAAUUGCUGCUGUGUAUUUAGUGCUUUUUGUAUGAAACCAGAUCAAAAUGAGUGAGGAAUCAUCAAAAAACGUCUACGAUAUGGAUGGGUCGAAUUUUGAUUCGGACGUGUAUGUAAACAAGAUACUCAAAGAUUAUUCGCUAAAAGAUGUGAUGAAUGUGGAAACAGCCAUCAUACGUGACACACAAUCACUCCAUAGUGAUAUGCAAACAUUGGUCUACGAAAAUUACAAUAAAUUCAUUUCGGCCACGGAUACAAUGCGCAAAAUGAAGACGGAAUUCAAGCAGAUGGAAACCGAAAUGAAUUUGCUCGUGUCGAAUGUGAAAUCAAUCACUGAAUUCAGCGAUCAGAUAUCAUCGAAACUGCAUGAUAGUCGCCAACAAUUGAGUGCAUUAUCCGAGAAACAACUGUUGCUGCAAAAAUUACAGUUCUUAUCAUCGCUGCCGACCAAAUUGAAAACGUUGAUCGAUGACGGUAACUAUGGACAGGCGGUGAAGCAUUACGGCGAGGCACAUGCCGUUCUCGAACAGUACGGUUAUCAGCCAUCGUUUCAAGGCAUUCGUGACGAUUGCCAAUUGAUAAUGAAUGAUUUGAAGUCGAAAUUGAAAUUGAACAUUCAACUGUCGGGAUUCACGGCAAAGGCAAUGAUCGAAACGGGAGAUUUACUGUUGCAACUGGGUGAAAAACCAUCGGAUUUAUCACGCGAAAUACUUCAAUUUGCAACACAACGGCUUCAUGAGCAAAUCGUGAUACUACAAGACCAGACCGAUGGCAAUAUGAUUGAAUUCGUUGACAUGAGCAUCAAAGGAUUUAUCAACGAACUGAUUUUGAUUGUGAGCUCGUACACCGAAAUGUUUUUGAGUUCACCGUCCAAUGCCAACUAUAGCAUUCAAUAUGACGAGCUGAAUGCAUUCGUUACGAAAAACUUGGAGAAAUUCUCUGCGCUGGUGCAAGUGCGUGUCGAAGUGGAAACGGGCCAUGGUGACUACAAUAUUCUACUGAGUGCACUUGAUCGUUUGCACGAAAAACUAUUGGGAAUGAAGCAUUUGACCUGUGACAUUGAUAUGUCCACCAUGAUCGUUGAGAUUAUUGUGAAUGCGGCAAAUCAACUGUGUAAUUUCCAUUUGAAGAAACUCAAAGAAUCAUUUUCCGAUAGCUUAAGCUCGAUUCGAUUGAGUCUGGUAACGGGGAGCAAGAGCGAUAGCACACAUGCAACCUCAUCGGAUUUGAUGGAUUUGGUGAAUCGACUGUACGUAACGACAAAUGAAAAAAUCAAAGUGGUCAUUCAUGAUUUGCUCAUAUUCAUCAAGCCGGAAUGGAAAUUUAAAAUUAAAUCGCAUCCAAAAGGCGUACAAUGCGUCGAAGGUAUUCGAGAGAAUUUGGUCAUUGGAUUUUUGAAUCACAUCGCUGCCACAAUGAUCUCCUACGGUGAUAUUAGUCUGGCGUGUCCACCAAAUUUGCUGUUGGUAUUCUCCAAAAUGUGCCUCGAAAUGGAACAAAUUGGUGUGAAGAAGAUAAUUAUGCUGGUGGAUGAAUUGUACGGCAUCGAUCCGAUUGGCAAUCCAGCAUUGACCCAUGAAAAUGAUAUGUACGCCAAUAUGAGAAAAUCGGCACAAAAUCUACUCGAUUCAUACGUUCGUCUGCAAGGAUUGAAUAUCUCGCAAAUGCUACGGAAAAGUGUGGAAACUCGUGACUGGCUCAAUUGUCUUGAGCCACGGUCAGUGCGAGCCGUUAUGAAACGUGUCGUCGAAGAAUUGUCACUGAUCGAUGCGGUUUUGUCAGAUUUGUACGAAUCGGGUGCUCAAACGGCCGCCAGCAGUGAUUCAAGCCGCAAAACACACUUCAGCAUUUCCACAUCGAAGCAGCCGCAAUACCGAUCCAAUUGGUCGAAUUGUACAUCCGAACCGAUGCUCAUUACGAAUAUGCAUCGACUUUUCUCCGACAAAAUUGACAUUUUCGGUUCGGUGCAAUUUACCAAAAUUUCAAUUUUAACUGGAAUCAUUAAGCUUAGCCUAAAGACACUGUUGGAAUGUGUUCGACUUCGUACAUUCAGCAAAUAUGGAUUGCAACAAAUUCAAGUUGACACACACUACUUGCAAAUGAACCUCUGGCGAUUUGUAGCCGACGAAAAUAUUAUGCAUUAUUUACUAGACGAAAUAUUGGGAUCAGCUGUCCAUCGGUGCGUCGAUCCCACUCUGAUGGAGCCGACAGCCGUCGGUUUGAUUUGUGAUCAAAAUCAUUAAAUAUUACAUUCCAUUGUUUGACACUUUUCUGAUUAAAUAUUAAAUGAUGCAUAUGAUCUUUUAAA